AUGUCCGCCGAUCUGCAAUGGUUUGGGGAUGAGGUACAACGCAGAGAUGAUUGGGCGAACCAGCAGCGUGAGGAAGUGACUGGCGCUCGGAAUUUGGCCAUGUGCCCUAUUUGUCGGCACUGGGCUGAAUCUGGCGUGGACCCUUUGCGUGCCGAAGCGAAUGUUUCUGCAGGUUGCUAUCGGACCAAUGGGUGGACUUGCUGA